AUGACUCUGUUAUUUGUGGUGUGCGAGCUCACACUAACCGAUCUCUCUGCUUCCAUUCUUGCUUUUCUUCCAACCGGUUGGGCGAUUCUUCUGAUAGGGCAAGUCCUGAGGUCACCGAUCAAAGCUUUAGGGAUUUGGGACUCGGUGAAGGAGCUAGGAAGAGCGUAUGAGAAGAUAAUGGGGCUUGUAAUCUUCGCACCAAUCGCUGUUCUUUCUUGGUUCCCCAUUGUUUCGGAGUUUCAAGCUCGUCUUCUUUUCAAUCAAGCUUUUAGCAAAGGCCUUCAGAUCUCUAUGAUCCUCGCUGGUCGGAAAGACAAAGCAGCUUCUUCUCACAAGUAA